AUGGGAAGUUUUGUCUUAAAGAUGCGAGCUUUUGCCUCAAAGAUGCGAACUCUUGGUUCAAAGAUGCGAGCUCUUGGUUCAAAGAUGCAAACUCUUGGUUUAAAGAUGCGAACUCUUGGUUCAAAGAUGCAAACUCUUGGUUCAAAGAUACGAACUCUUGGUUCAAAGAUGCGAACUCUUGGUUCAAAGAUGCGAACUCCUGGUUCAAAGAUGCAAACUCUUGGUUCAAAGAUACGAACUCUUGGUUCAAAGAUGCGAACUCUUGGUUCAAAGAUGCGAACUCUUGGUUCAAAGAUGCAAACUCUUGGUUCAAAGAUACGAACUCUUGGUUCAAAGAUGCGAACUCUUGGUUCAAAGAUGCGAACUUUUUGUUUCAAUUUGGACGAACUUCACUCAAGUAAUGAAUAUUUUUUGGUGAUACAUCAAACAUCUUUAAACAUAAUGAAGAACUUUUUAUUUUAUUUUGAAUGA